GUGAGGGGUGCGAGCGCGGGCGCCGCCGGCUGGAAGGCAGUUCCCCGGGACCGCUGCUCGGCUCCUGAAUCCGCUGCGCGCCCCGGCCGGGCCACCGCCAGCGUGCGGAAAGCUCCAGCCUGAGCCAUGUUUUUCACUUGUGGCCCAAAUGAGGCCAUGGUGGUCUCCGGUUUCUGCCGAAGCCCCCCAGUCAUGGUGGCUGGAGGACGUGUCUUUGUCCUGCCCUGCAUCCAGCAAAUCCAGAGGAUCUCUCUCAACACACUGACCCUCAAUGUCAAGAGUGAAAAGGUUUACACUCGUCAUGGGGUCCCCAUCUCAGUCACUGGCAUUGCCCAGGUGAAAAUCCAGGGGCAGAACAAGGAGAUGUUGGCAGCUGCCUGCCAGAUGUUCCUGGGGAAGACGGAAGCUGAGAUUGCCCACAUUGCACUGGAGACUCUGGAGGGCCACCAGAGGGCUAUCAUGGCUCACAUGACUGUGGAGGAAAUCUAUAAGGACAGACAGAAAUUUUCAGAGCAAGUUUUCAAAGUGGCCUCCUCAGACCUGGUCAACAUGGGCAUCAGUGUGGUUAGUUACACCCUGAAGGACAUUCAUGAUGAUCAGGACUAUUUACACUCCUUAGGGAAGGCUAGAACAGCUCAAGUCCAAAAAGAUGCUCGGAUUGGGGAGGCAGAAGCCAAAAGAGAUGCUGGGAUCCGGGAAGCCAAAGCUAAGCAGGAGAAGGUGUCUGCCCAGUACCUGAGUGAGAUCGAGAUGGCCAAGGCACAGAGAGACUAUGAGCUAAAGAAGGCCACAUAUGACAUCGAGGUCAAUACCCGCCGCGCACAGGCUGACCUCGCCUAUCAGCUUCAGGUGGCCAAAACUAAGCAGCAGAUCGAGGAGCAGCGGGUCCAGGUGCAGGUGGUGGAGCGGGCCCAGCAGGUGGCAGUGCAGGAACAGGAGAUCGCCCGCCGAGAGAAGGAGCUGGAAGCCCGAGUUCGGAAGCCCGCAGAAGCCGAGCGCUACAAGCUGGAGCGCCUAGCUGAGGCAGAGAAGUCCCAGCUGAUCAUGCAAGCUGAGGCAGAAGCUGAGUCUGUGAGGAUGCGUGGGGAGGCCGAGGCCUUUGCCAUAGGGGCUCGAGCUCGGGCCGAGGCUGAGCAGAUGGCCAAGAAGGCAGAAGCGUUCCAGCUGUACCGUGAGGCCGCCCAGCUGGACAUGCUGCUGGAGAAGCUGCCCCAGGUAGCAGAGGAGAUCAGUGGUCCCCUGACCUCAGCCAAUAAGAUCACACUGGUGUCCAGUGGAGGUGGGACCAUGGGGGCGGCCAAAGUGACCGGGGAAGUACUGGACAUCCUGACUCGCCUGCCGGAGAGCGUGGAGAGACUCACAGGCGUCAGCAUCUCCCAGUGAUUUCUUGCUGUGGACAGGUCCUGAUGACCACUUGACAAGAGGGUAAGGUUAACCACAAGCCUUUGCGAACAGCCUGAGCCAACCUUCGCUCCAGUACCUAGCCUCGUGGUUGCCAGAAUAGUACCCAUACUGCAUGCACAACUGGCUUCCCUGAGCAUGCCCUGGACAGUGGGGUACUCCCCCCAUCUCCUUGCCAAAUAGCCUGUGCCUUGCCUUGGAGGGGAAGGGUUGCUCUUCCCAGCCCCACACUGCCAAGACUACCAGUCCCCCAGGGGUUCCAUGCCAGCCUUCUGAUUAUCUUACCCCAGCUUAACUUCCUAGACCACAUGCACCUAUUGUCCAGAAUUUUCCUGACCAAAACUGAGGGAUGGCCUGAGGUUAACUUUGUCAAAUCAAUUGCUGUUAAAAAGCACUAAUACUGGUUAACAAUUAACUUAAUAAAGCAGAACUCAUUCAAAAUUAA